CGAAUUUCAAAGUGCUUAUUUUCAUCGACCUUUCUAUAAAAUCCUCGUUGAUAGAGCCGUCAGCAGGAUGCUGUCGUUCAUAGAGACAGAGACCCCUCCUACGAAAGUCUUCUUUCCCUCAUUUCAGCUGCAGAUAUGUGCCGAGCUCUUUGCACCAGAGCCAGGGUCCCUUAAUCGCAAGGGGGCGGCUAUCGUAAUCAGUCAUCCAAUGACUGGCAUCAAAGAGCAGACAUCAACCAAGUAUGCCAAACUCCUCUCCACCGCGGGGUUCUAUGCCCUCGUCUUCGACGCCGGGUAUCAAGGAGAAAGCAGUGGUGAGCCACGGGGCCUGGAAGCCCCCCACCAGCGAGUGGAGGAUAUCAAAUCGGCGGUCAGCUACUUGACAACUCUCAGCGGCCGAGUGGACGCCCAAAGGAUCGGCCUCCUGGGCAUCUGCGCCUCCGGGGGUUAUGCGUCCUAUGCUACGCAGUCAGAUAGCCGCAUCAAAUGUCUUGCAACCGUGAGUGCAGCUUGCGUGGGCCGCAUGACACGCAACGGCGUCGUUCAUCAGUAUAGCCGGGAGAAUCCUCAGGCUAUCGCCGCAGCUCUGGAGGCCGCCGGCCAAUGGCGCACCAAUGCUGCCAAGAACCCAACAUCAAAACCUGAUGCUCCUGUAAUGUUUGAGACAGAUCCAUCCAAGAUCGACGAUGAGGCAGAUCCCUUCUUUAGGGAUGCAGCAGCCUACUAUGGCACCGAACGUGGCAAACACGAACGAAGUAACCAAAAAGUUCCUCCGCAGAGCUACGACCUGAUGAUUAGUUACGACUCAUUCAACUUUCAGCAUUUGAUAGCGCCGAGGCCUUUAUUGAUGAUCGCAGGAUCAGAGGCGCAGACGCUGCACUACAGUAAGACUGCCAUCGAUGGAGCGAGGCAGCCAAAGGAGCUGUUUGUGAUAUCAGGGAAGAAUCACUUCGAUCUAUACGACGACUUACGAGAGUCUGGACCGAAAGUGGUGGAUUUUUUCAUCAGUGGGCUCGACUGAAAAGCGAAAGAGAUGGAGAGGGAGAUAACAGAGGGGGAAUGGCGUUACAAAGCCGUGUUUGUUUGAGAUUUGAUGUGAAUAGUAAUCACACUUUUUGCUUUGGGUUGGGCUCGGCGUGUAUGCAGUCACGGGCAGUGUUGAGUAAUCUGGAUGGAGUCGUGUCCAUUUAGCAUGUUUUCCGCCAUACAAACAUAAUCAAUAGCAGCCAUCGUGCGGA